CCCGACGCCUACUAUUCCAUCUAUUUUUCCUUUCGCCCAGGCAACCCACCCCUCUUCGUCCAUCUCGCUCUCCUCUCCUCCUCACCACGUCCACGCCCUACCCAUCUCGCCGCCGCCGCCGCCGCCACCGCGGCCAGAGCCGGAGCGGCUGCAGGGGCGGGGGUUGAGGGCGCGACGUCGCCCCCGGCCAUGGUGAUCUCGGCGGAGCCGCCGCCCGCGGCUCUGCCGUCGGAUCCCACCGCGGGAGGCGGCGCCGGGGAGGCGGGGGGCGCGGCCGUGGAGGCGGUGAUUACGCCGUCGAGCGCGCGCCGCGGGGCCCUGUCGUCGCUCCCGUCGACGCUCAAGACGUGGGGGAGCCACCGGAUGCUGCGCUGCGCCCCCGUCAACCGCGCCGGCGACGCCAUCGCCCCGGCCAGGCGGUCCUCCUCGCAGCAGCUCGACGAGGUCAGCGAGAGGCUCCUCCUCGGCCUCCGCGAGGCUUCGGCGGCGGCGGCGGCGGCGCCCGGCGGUGGCAGCGCCGCGGAGGACGACGAGUCCCCGGGGGCCGGCGAGGCGGCCUCUCCGCGUCCGUCGAAGGCGCGCACCCGACGACGCCGCCGCGCCUUGAUGCCGUCCCCCGCGCCCGGCGCGAGCGCCUCGCCCCAGGCGUCGGAGCGCGAGCGGAGGCUGGUCCGCGCCGACGCGCUCGACAGGGCGCGGUUCUCCGCGACGCUCUCCGCCGAGGAGAUCGAGGAGGACGUGUACGCGCUGACCGGCGCGCGCCCGCGCCGCCGCCCCCGGCGCCGCCGGCCCCGCGCCGUGCAGAAGCAGCUCGAUAUGCUACUUCCCGGCGCGUGGCUAUCGGAGAUCACCGCCGAGGUGUACCGGGUGCCGGACGAUCGCUGACCCGCUCCCGCUCAACUCAACCCAACAGUAAGCAAAGCAGAGCGAAUUCGCCGAUCGCAAUUCACAAAUCAAUUGGUCGCCGCCAUUGUGAGCUCUACAUAAUCCAUCCAUUAAUUGGUCAUAUAGCGUCGGGCUGAUAUGAAUCCCAGCAUUGAACUGUAGUCGUAGCAGCAAGUGCAAGUGAUGAUUGAUGACUAGUCAGUGAUUCUCUGGUAGUAGCGGUGGUUGUGGUUCGUAUCAUCGUCAGCGGAUUGGGAGGACGCAAUGUGGUGUGCUCCUAAGUGCACUGUCCUCGAUGGUCCACUCAGUACAAUCGUUAAUUAACAUCGACCUCCGUUGCAAUCUCAA